AAGUGUUCAGGAAGCUUAACGAAACGUUCACGAAGCUUAACGAAACGUUCACGAAGCUGAAGCGAUUCCGGCGAUUUCGAAGCGAUUUACCAAGCAUUCAAGGAGCGAUUCACGAAACUAAAAGCGAUCGUUUUCUUCAUCAUCGAAAAUGAAAUUGAUCGGUGAUUUUCAAUCUUUCGGUUGACCGUAAGGCGUGCGAAGUGUCACUCCUCCUUGCUUUGGUGAAUUUUUGUAUUAUCAGUAUCAAGAUUUUCUUAAUGCUUGCUUUGUGAGAUUCUUGGUUUUUCUUCAAGGUCCAACAAGGACAAGCUCUUGGACCAGACAAGUAUUGUAACACAUCUCUUUUCCAUCACUAAACACUUUGGUUUGCUUGCUAAUAACAUCAAAGAAUAUGGACCGUAGUUGGAUGUACGAUAGAGUAUAUUCUAAUAGGCAUGGCUUGAAAGAAGAGUAUGUUCGUGGGGUUAAAGACUUCGUGAAGAAGGCUUUGAUUCAACCCAUUUGUAAAUCUGAGGGAGGGAUAAGGUGUCCGUGUAUAAAUUGCAAGUGUCUUAAGAUAAAAACACCAACUAAUGUUAGACUUCACUUGUAUCGAGAUGGAUUUCAACCAAACUAUUGCAUUUGGACUCAACAUGGAGAAGUAGAGCUCAAUGUUGAUAUAAGGGAUGGUUCAGAUAGUAAUGAGCAUGUGCAUCAUGACAACCGGUUGGAGGCAAUGACUCAAAUGGUGCAUGAUGCUUUUAGACCUUAUGGAGGAUUCUCUCACGUGAACGAUAACUCGGAAGAUGAGUAUUUUACGGAGGAUGAGUUUCCCAACGAAGAUGCUAAACGAUUUUAUGACAAGUUGAUAUCUUUCAACAAGCCAAUUUAUGAGGGUGCUACCCAAUCAAUAUUAUCAAUAUCUACUCAACUUCUUGAAAUUAGAUCUAACUGGCAUGUUCCACAAAAAGGUUUAGAUUUUGUUGCACAAAUGCUUAAAAGUGUAUGUCCAGUUCAAAAAUGCUUGCCUGAGAACUAUUACCAAGCAACACAGUUGGUGUCUAAGUUAGGGCUAAAGGUUGAGAAGAUCGAUUGUUGUACGAAUGGUUGUAUGUUAUAUUACAAGGAUGAUAGCAAGUUGAUAGAGUGUAGAUUUUGUAACGCUCCUAGGUUCAUUCCUCGAAAGACUGGAAUGGGAAAGUACAAAGAUAUCCCAGUGAAGAGAAUGUUCUACUUUCCAAUCAUUCCCAGAUUACAAAGAUUGUAUGCAUCAACUGAGUCGGCAUCUGAAAUGAGAUGGCAUCAUAUGAACAAAAAUAGUUCCAACAUCCUUCGCCACCCGUCAGAUGGAAUAGCUUGGAAGCACUUUGAUAGUGUAUAUCCUGACUUUGCUAGGGAACCUAGAAAUGUAAGAUUGGGUCUAUGUUCAGAUGGAUUUACUCCUUACAUUCAAGCGUCUGCUUCUCCAUACUCAUGUUGGCCAAUAAUAGUUACUCCAUACAAUCUUCCCCCUGAAAUGUGCAUGACCAAACCGUACUUGUUUUUGGCUUGUCUCGUACCUGGACCUAAAAACCCUAAAUUGAAGAUAGACGUCUACUUGCAACCAUUGAUUGAUGAUCUACGUCGAUUAUGGUCCAAUGGAAUAUUGACCUAUGAUAUAUCUACAAAACAAAACUUCAUCAUGAAAGCUUGCUUGAUGUGGACAAUCAAUGAUUUUCCGGCCUAUGGUAUGUUAUCUGGAUGGAGUACACAAGGUAAAUUGGCAUGCCCUCAUUGUAUGGAACACACCAAUGCUUUCACCUUGAAACGUGGCCGUAAGAAUUCUUGGUUUGACUGUCAUCGUCGUUUCUUGCCAGCUAAUCACUCCUUCAGGAGGAGUAAAAGAAGUUUUCUAAAAAAUAGGGUUGUGACAGAUGAGCCACCUCCCAUUACCACAGGAGAAGAUAUAUGGUCGGUAAUAAGUAAUUUUCCAAAAGUGACUGAAAUUGGAUGGGAAGCAAAAUGGAAAGAGUUCGAAGGGUAUGGAGUGGAUCAUAAUUGGAAAAAGCGAAGUAUUUUUUGGGAUCUUCCAUAUUGGAAGGAUAACUUGUUAAGGCAUAACCUUGAUGUGAUGCACAUAGAAAAAAAUGUCUUUGAUAAUAUAUUUAACACAGUCAUGAAUGUUAAGGACAAAACAAAGGAUAACGAAAAGGCGAGAGAAGACUUGGCUAAAUUAUGCUUUCGCGGGGACUUGGAGCUCCAACCCUUAGAAAACGGAAAGAAUGGUAAACCCAAGGCUAGCUACACUCUCUCCAAAUCUGAAGCCAAGUUGGUUUGCAAAUGGCUUAAAGAAUUGAGAAUGCCAGAUGGAUAUGCUUCAAACCUUAGUAGGUGUGCCAAUGUCGAAAAGGGUACGGUGCAUGGGAUGAAGAGCCAUGAUUGCCAUGUUUUCAUGGAGUGUUUACUCCCAAUUGCAUUCCAUUCACUGCCGGAUUUGGUUUGGAAACCAUUAACUGAGCUAAGUCGAUUCUUUAAAGAUCUUUGUUGCAACACAUUGAGGAUGGACGACUUAGUUAAGUUGGAUGAGAACAUUCCAAUUAUCAUAUGCAAGUUAGAAAGGAUUUUUCCACCGGGUUUCUUUGACUCAAUGGAGCAUCUUCCAAUCCAUCUUGCCAAAGAAGCAAUUCUAGGUGGUCCUGUACAGUACCGAUGGAUGUAUCCAUUCGAAAGAUUUAUGGGAGUCUCAAAGAGGGCAGUGACAAAUAAGGCAAGAGUUGAAGGUUCCAUAUGCACUGAUUAUAUACAUCGCGAGACAAAUUACUUUUGUUCUCAUUAUUUCAACUCUUUCCAUUUGUUGCCAACUACAAAUAUUAGUAACAAUCCUCGUUCGGACAAUGAUGACAUUCCACCUACAAUGUCAAUCCUACAAAGUGGCGGUCGACCAAGUGGGAAGUCGGGAAAGUAUUUUCUAUCAGAUAAAGAAUGGAAGUCUUCACAUGUGCAUGUCUUGAUAAAUUGUGAGGAGAUUAAACCAUAUCUUGACAUAUUUUUAGAGAACCACUCUAUAAAUAUAGAAGAUUCAUCUGGACGCAUACAUACAGAGUUUCCCAUAUGGCUGAAGAAAUAUGUAAAUGAGGAGAAAAAUGGGGUUACUAACCAAGAUAUAAUCGCCUUGUCUCGUGUAAGGUCCAAGUUGAUUGUUUUCAGAUUUUUAUUAGACUUUGGUUUAAUGAAAAAAACGAAUUAAAAAUAAAUAAAUAAAUAAAUAAAAAGAAGAGGUUUCAAGGGAAACAGUGCGUUUCAUGAAGUCGGAGUCCAGAGUCAAAGUUGUGACUCUUCAUGUUCCUUCUUAUCUCUCGCUUUCGUAUCUCUCUUCCCUUGCGAUUUCCGGCGGAAACACCACCGCCUUCGCCGCCGUCUCUAAUCUCCCUCAAUCAACUCAACCUAAACGUAAACCUAACCUAAAAUUAAGCCCUGAGAUCAAUUAUGUCCGUAGAUUGCCCAGAAAAUCCUUCAUUUGGCCGGACCGAUGAAUUCCCUCCCGAAACCCUAGGUUCUAGAAAUUCGAAUUACGUGACGACGGCGACCGAGAAGACAUCAAGACCUUGGGGAAAAUAACUGUGGAGGCUUAAUCUACGCAAUGGUGCCAAGAAUCUAGCAGGUAAUGUGCGAGAGUGAUCAAUCAGAAAACUUACCGGUGGUGACGAUUCUUGAAGACGCUUAAAUGGAGAAGAAAAUACCAGAGGCUACUCCGAACAGGGCUGUUCGGUAUAUGCAGUUAGUUUAGAUACCGAGCUUGGUGAGUUUUCCUAUGUUUUGAAGCAUGACUCAGAGGUAGGACCAUGGAAGGCGAGACUCGAAGACAGGCGAGCAAAGUGAAACCGAAGGAGACUUGGUAAAGGAAGAUGAAGAAAAUUUAAUGUGUAUUCUACACUGUGUAAUUUUGUACCGAAUGUAACAUGGCCCUUUUUUAUGUACAUGGCAAUAAUAGUUGAAAUUUGAAUGAGUGUAUGAUUAUACCAGAAUAUGGAUCUGCAUAUGUUUGUAAUCAACUAUCUACCCAUUACUAAAGAAUUGCCCAAACUGACCUUUCUACCCUUCCACAAUAAAACAAUUCCAAAGCCAAAAGGUUAUUCAGGUAAUUAACAAAAUUGAAAUUCAUCCAUGCCAAUUGUUCUCUUCUCAUUGGUCAUUACCAUUUACAUUUCUACUUUUCUGAAUUGUUGCACCAAGUGUUGCACUAUUAUUGGUCCUUAUUUCCCACAUUGUACUACUUUCUUUUUUUUCUCUCUCAUUUCAAUUUCACGGUUCAAAUUUAUUUCUCUCUUACAGCCUCUUCUCGUCUCCUUUUCCUCUCCCAACCCUAGCCGCCGCCGCCCAUUCUCCGGAUCAAAACCAAUUCCGAAUGAAAAACCAAUCACAUAUUCGAUCUAUUCAUCUCUCAACCUUCUCUCUUUCUAUGGUCUUCUCUCUUCUCUUUUUCUACAAACCCAAGCGGCAGCCAUAAACCCUAGCAACGUCGCCAACCACUCCAAUCUCACGGUCUAUGUCAUUUGGUUGAUCAAUUUGGCGGCGACCACCGUUUCUCCAUCUCCGGCCGAUUCGAUCUAUGCUGCUAUGAUCAUUUUUGGAAGCGCCGAAGUAAGAUUAUUUCUUCCUCUCAUUUUCAUUUUUCGGUUUUUUGCAAAUGGAUUUGUAAAUUUGGUUUUGUUCAUCAGAGACAUAUUUCUUCCUCACAUAUUGCUUUUUGUUUUCGUUUUUGUUAUCGUUUCACAAUUAUAUGUGGGUUAUAAAUCUGUGCAGAAUUGUGAAUCUCGCAGAAAGAAGAAUGGAAUCGGAUUCGAGGAGUUGGAAAAUGAUUUUGAGUGGGCAGAGAAAAACAUAUACUCAAUAUUUGUUGAAAAAUUGCUCAAAUCUCACUGUUGAAAUUUCUCAAUAUCUUCCAAUAUAACAUAGAACAUCUGGUUUUAUAAAUAGUGAUUUUGUCAAACUUGUGUUAUUUCACUGCAUAUUUGUUGUUGGUAUUUUUUGUUUUGUUUUGCAGGUUUGUUUAAGUUUGUGAUUGUGUUUCACUGCAUCCUUGUGAUUGUGGAUGUUGAAAUCAAAUGGAGCACUACAUGUUGAAGCAACAGAAGAAGAGUUGUAAAAGAUGGAACUCUGUUGAAGAGGAUAAUAUAUCUGACGACAAACGUAGACGGGCUGCUCUGAUGGUUUGGUUUUUGUUUUUCUUAAUCUUCUGCUUAAGUUGAAUACCUUAGGAAUUCAUUUGUAUAUGUCAGAAAUGCGAAAACAAAGUCAGCAGAACAUCUUGCAGUUGUAGAAUUGCCUCAAAGGUUUCAAUAUGGUUUACAUGUUUUUUUUGUCACAGAGGUUUGUGUUUGUGUCAUUAACUACCAUAUCUGCCUAUAGUUAGUGACUCUCAAUUUUCCUUCAGGGAAAUGGACCUUUAGUUUGUGACUUAUUGAGCAGAUCAUGUCCUGAGUUGGAUCUUAUACAACGGCCACCAUUUCUAUUUGCUAUCAAUGUUUACUUAUUUAGAGUUUUACUUUUGAAAGUUUGUUGUCUUAGUUUUCUAUCUGCUUUUGUAGACUCCAAUUGCCUUGGAUAAGGCUAAGGACAGCAAUGGAAAGGAUCGAGAGCUGAGAAAAUGAAAAGAGUUCAACAACUUAAGGGAAACAGAUAAAAGUUUAUGUUUUUGCAUUAAAAUAAAUACUAUUUAAGGGAAACAGCUUAAGUCAUUAGAAUCACUUAUAAUGCGAACCUAAUGCACACAGCACAACAGUAAAUUCGACCACUGAAUUAGUCAGGGAGGUUUUGUUUAGAACCCAUUUGUCCUUUUGUGAAUCAUUAUUAUUUAAUUGAUCUAUUGAAAAGUUAUUCUGAAAAGGGAUAUUGAAAAUAAUGUAGGGUGAAAGUUCUUAUGCCAUUCAGAAUUACGUUUUAGCUCAUUGGAUACUUAAUCUGUCAAUAAAUCUUUGGCUGAUCAAGCCAAUUCUUUGGUGUUGUUCACAAGGAAUGAGAACAUUUUACCUAAUUUGUUCUUCAAAGCAUGUUUGAUAUUUAUGUGUUGUUGCAGUCUGUGUUACAGAGCCUUCCCCUCAUCAGUCAUUGCAAAUAACAUAAAGUGUUUCAUGGUACUGUUUUUAAUAAAAGAGUAAAUAUGUCAUGUUCUUUACUCUCUUUUUCUUCAUUUAUGUUGUGAAUAAUAAUUACGAGUAUACUAUAAGUUAGAUUGUUUUGAUGAUAUACUUAUAGCUCAGCCUAAGUUAGUUUCUCAAAUAGUUGGAAAAGCUCAAGGUGUUUAUGUGGCAUGUUCAGCAGAUGGGAGUAGACAGAUGAUGGUAUCCACAAAUUUGUUUGAAGGAGAAAAAUAUGAAGAUAGCUUGAACUUUUAUGGUUUGUAUAAGAUAGGAAGCAGAAUGUCGCGAUUAUCGAUAAUAGGAGGCACGGGAAAGUUCAAGAAUGCAAGGGAGUUUGCUGAGCUGAGACCUCUUAUUCGACCAGGGAAGAUUGCAAAUGAUGGUGCUGAGACAUUGUUGAGGAUGAGUGUUCAUUUGAGCUACUAUAACUUGUCAAAUAUGUUUAACCUUCUUUGUGUUGUUCUAGCUGAAUUCCUAAGACACAUAACUAUUUGAUAACUUUUGCAUUUACCUAUUGAUUGGUAACUACUUUUGAAAGAUGCCAAGAGGUUGAUUGGUCGGAGUCUUAGAUGCAUCUGUUCAGAGUGACAGAGGAUGCUUAGGUAAAUUCAAGCAUGAUGUUAUAGUUGAUUAUGAGUUGGAGCUAAAUUAUGGAAGGUAUGGUGGUGUGGAAGGGGGGAGAUUCGCCGGCGGUGCCUGCAAAGUGUUCGCCUAUGCAGCUUUGCAUAGCAGUGUAUUUGAAGCUGAAAAGCCAGGAUGUAGAUUUUCUAUACAGCAGAGACUUGGAACAUACUUCUUCAAGACACUAUGUUAUCCUAUACGGCACAGAGCCAGCGCAGAAGGUGAAAAAAAGCCACUGAAGGUGAAAAAACGGAUCAGGAAACUGAAGGUUAUCUUUGAGAAGUUUAGUGAUGUUAAGUACAUAGAUUUCAAAAUGGGAGCUGAGUCAGGAUUCAUUCGAUUUGACGUACCUGAAGCUGCUCAGAAAGCACGUUUUGAUGGCUCAAUGAUUGUUUUGAACUGUUAGAUUCAAUUCAUACACACAACAACAUGGUGCUCACAUCGUCUGCACGCGAUUACUUCAACCGCAUCUUGCAGGACAUCUCCGGCAUGAAGGUUCUCAUACUUGAUUCUCAAACGGUAAGUAUUGUGAGUAUUGUGUACUCACAGUCAGAACUUCUUCAGAAAUAAUACCAAAAUUUGUAAGCAAUUACUCACUACCUACUUAUGAAUAUCUACACUCAUAAUUAAUUCUAACACUAUUAAUAAAAAACUUGUGUUUAUUUUUUCUUUCAAGGGCUCAUAAUCAUGGUGCGGGUCUACAAUGAAAAUUUUAACCUAAAAGCAUGACUACGCCAUUUUGCCAUUUUGUUAGGUGUACAUGUAUCAAUGAUUGGUAGGAGAAGGGUUUCAAUUGCUCACUGGAGGCCAAUGGGGGAUUUUUAGGAGUUUUAGAAAAUGUGUUUUAUUUGUUUAUAUAAUAUGAUUUUUAUAUUUUGUUAAUGCUCUUCCAUGUUUUAGCUGGCUAAUUCUGUUCAUGUUUUUCCUUUCAUUUAUUUAUGAUUCUGCAGAAUGUUAACAAUAGAGAGACUUUGGAGUCACAUCCAAGACCUGGCACCCAAGGACGUGGGGUUAGAGGUGGUCGGGGAAAUUUUACACCUCAUCGCAUAGUGCACGAUGCUCGAGGUGGCAAGAGUUCUGUACCAAGCAAAGAUAACAG